AUGACGAGUACUGACGCAAAGAAAAAGGAUGACACAGCUACACAAUCUAAAGGGUUAUCAAAAGCUUCUAUAGCUGGAGUAUCGGUGUUGGCUUUUGUAUGCGUUUCAGCAAGUAUGGGUGCAACGAUAUACAGGUCGAUGAGAGCACGGAACAAAGCAAGGCAGGCACUUAUAGAUUUUAGAAGUAAUUAUCAUAUCGAGAAAAAGCCAGCGCCUAUGCCUAGUUCGCUUAGGAGUCAUCCAACGCUUGAUAACAGCGGGGGUGUGUUGAAAGAAGAUACUGGUGGGCAUUUCACAUAUGGAGAUGCUGCAAAGUCACUUGGUAUUGCUACCGCUAUAGUUGGAACUCUCGCUGGUGUCAGUGGGUAUUACCUCAUUAACCAAUUCAAUUUGAGUAAUAUAGAAGACACUCGUACUAAACUGAAUGGACUGAUACGGACGCAUUUUAAGACGCUCUACGAGAGCAUACACAAGGGAGAUAACGAAGAGGACGAUAUACCAGAAGAUGCAAGAGAAUUUGCACAACAGUUUUACGAUGAACCAAAUAACGAUAGACAAGUCUAG